UGCGCGCGCCGUGUACCCGUGUCCGGAGAGCCGCGGGCUGGACGCGGACCGCGCGAACGAGCAAGCGAGCAGGCAGCGGAGCAGCAGCCCGGAGGCAGCAGCGGCGCGGCGGCGGCGGCGGUGGCGGCAGUGGCCGCUCCACGCCUCGCCUCCCUGGCCUCGCCAUCCUCGCUGCGCCGCGCCCGGACCUGCCACCCCCGCCUACCGGGCCCGACCUCGGCAGCGCCCCUUGCCUCGGCUGCCAGCGCCACCCGCCCUCCCAGAACAGGGAGCGGAGUGCGGGGCGCAGAGACACCGGAGCCAGUGCCCGCCGGCCCCGCCAAGCAAAGCCGGCCGGGAGAACCUUCGCUCGGCCCAGCGCGGCUCCGCAGCCGUCCGGGAGCUGUCCCUUCAGCACCGCCGCGGUAGCCUGAGUCCCAGCGCAGCCCAGCGGAACCCCUGACCCAGCCCGAGCGCACCAGGCGCUGCGCUCAGCGGCCGCCCCGCGGGGCAGCACCCUGGUGCCCCUACCCAGGGGACCCGCCAUCUCCUCCGGGAGGCGGGGAGAAGGAACGAGGAGGGAGGUCAGGCAGCUUCCCCCGCCACCGAGGGGAGUAGGCAGAUAGGCAAGGAGAGCCGAAGGGGACCGGUCACGCAAGGAGGAGAGCAAGCCGCAUCCAUCCCCACCGCACCGGGAGCGCGCUGCGGCGACCACCGCAGAGCCAAGCGCGGAUUUCUCGUAACCCCCUCUUUGCCAGCUGGGCUUGGUCUAUCGGGUCGGCCCCCGAAACGGAGCAGCUGACCUUCCCCUAAAAAGCUUUGUGUCGGUUUCUCCAUUUUCCCGCUGAGAUGAUACCGGGAGCCCGGCCCCCCCAUCCUCUCUCCCCUCCUCCCGGGCCUCGCCGCUGAGCGCCGCCCCACUCCCUUCCUCCCUCCCUCUUUACCUCCCUCCUCUCUUCCACUGCCUCCUCCGCAGCCAGGCCAGCUCCCUCUCACACUAGGCGCCUUAAAGACCCUAGGGAGCCCGCGCACACACCCCUGGACCCGCACCUGACUGACAGCUCCCCCUGAGGGGGCUUGGCUCGUUGGUUGGGGUGGGUGGCCAGAGCCGCGGUCCUCUGUGCCCCCCGACGGCUGGGGGGAGGGGGGAAGAGGCCCUGCGCCCCCCUCCCCGUCGCCAACUCCCCCUGGCGGCAGCUCCCAUGGGUGUCGCUGGGCCGCGCCAUGCCUAAGGGGGCGCCGCGAUGGGCCAAGGGGACGAGAGCGAGCGCAUCGUGAUCAACGUGGGCGGCACGCGCCACCAGACGUACCGCUCGACGCUGCGCACGCUGCCCGGCACGCGGCUUGCCUGGCUGGCAGAGCCGGACGCCCACAGCCACUUCGACUAUGACCCGCGCGCCGACGAGUUCUUCUUCGACCGCCACCCGGGGGUCUUCGCUCACAUCCUGAACUAUUACCGCACCGGCAAGCUACACUGCCCGGCCGACGUGUGCGGGCCGCUCUACGAGGAGGAGCUGGCCUUUUGGGGCAUCGACGAGACGGACGUGGAGCCCUGCUGCUGGAUGACGUAUCGCCAGCACCGCGACGCUGAGGAGGCGCUGGACAGCUUUGGCGGCGCGCCCUUGGACAACAGCGCCGACGACGCGGACGCCGAAGGCCCCGGCGACUCGGGCGACGGCGAGGACGAGCUGGAGAUGACCAAGAGAUUGGCGCUCAGUGACUCCCCAGAUGGCCGGCCUGGCGGCUUCUGGCGCCGCUGGCAGCCGCGCAUCUGGGCGCUGUUCGAGGACCCCUACUCAUCCCGCUACGCGCGGUAUGUGGCCUUUGCCUCCCUCUUCUUCAUCCUGGUCUCCAUCACAACCUUCUGUCUGGAGACCCACGAGCGCUUCAACCCCAUUGUGAACAAGACAGAAAUCGAGAACGUUCGAAAUGGCACACAAGUGCGGUACUACCGGGAAGCGGAGACAGAGGCCUUCCUCACCUACAUCGAGGGCGUCUGCGUGGUCUGGUUUACCUUCGAGUUCCUCAUGCGUGUUGUCUUCUGUCCCAACAAGGUGGAGUUCAUCAAGAACUCCCUCAAUAUCAUUGACUUUGUGGCCAUCCUCCCCUUCUACCUGGAGGUGGGCCUAAGUGGCCUGUCCUCUAAAGCUGCCAAGGAUGUUCUGGGCUUCCUGCGUGUCGUCCGCUUCGUGCGUAUCCUGCGUAUCUUCAAGCUGACCCGACACUUUGUGGGCCUGCGGGUCCUGGGCCACACGCUCCGAGCCAGCACCAACGAGUUCCUGCUGCUUAUCAUCUUCCUGGCCCUGGGUGUGCUCAUCUUCGCCACCAUGAUCUACUACGCUGAGAGGAUAGGGGCACAGCCCAAUGACCCCAGUGCCAGCGAACACACGCACUUUAAAAAUAUUCCCAUCGGCUUCUGGUGGGCUGUGGUCACCAUGACGACACUGGGCUAUGGAGACAUGUAUCCUCAGACGUGGUCUGGGAUGCUGGUGGGAGCGUUGUGUGCUCUGGCUGGUGUGCUGACCAUUGCCAUGCCGGUGCCCGUCAUCGUGAACAACUUUGGGAUGUACUACUCUUUAGCCAUGGCUAAGCAGAAACUACCAAAGAAAAAAAAGAAGCAUAUUCCGCGGCCACCACAACUGGGAUCUCCCAAUUAUUGUAAAUCUGUCGUAAACUCUCCACACCACAGUACUCAGAGUGACACAUGUCCGCUGGCCCAGGAAGAAAUUUUAGAAAUUAACAGAGCAGAUUCCAAACUGAAUGGGGAGGUGGCGAAGGCCGCGCUGGCGAACGAAGACUGCCCCCACAUAGACCAGGCCCUCACUCCCGAUGAGGGCCUGCCCUUUACCCGCUCGGGCACCCGCGAGAGAUACGGACCCUGCUUCCUCUUAUCAACCGGGGAGUACGCGUGCCCACCUGGUGGAGGAAUGAGAAAGGGUCUGCAGGUGCAGAGCAGAAGUAGGGACUUCACCUGUCCCCCCCAAGAGGGAAGAGAAAGAGGCUGCUAGGCUGGCCCGCUGCAUGGGAAACAAGCCAGCUGGAGAAGAACCUGCCUGCCUCUGCAUGCGGCUGUUCGGCCUUUCCUCUUCCUUCCUUAACAACUAAUUGCCGAGCGAGCGGGAGGGGAAGGCAAGAAGAGGAGCUCAAGUGUUAAUUGUAUUCUCUACAUACAGAUCUUUGCAAAGAAAGCCCUGUCAUUGCUAAGUAUAUGCCGACAGAGGCUGUGAGAGUGACUUGACCAGGCGGCUUGGCCGAGGACACUGGUGGCUAUUAAGCAUCUGGGUGGACCUGCAGCCCCUCCUCACCCUCGGACAGAGUAAAUUCACGCCAUGCAGGUUUGCCGGACGAGUCCGAGUGGCCCGGGCAUUGUACUAAGACGGACGUAGCUUUUUCUACGGCCCAUGGUAAUUGACCGUAGAGGAUUCGCCCUUCUUUCUUUUCAUUUUUUUUUUUAGAAGUUACCUUUUAUUUGGGGAGGGGGGGUCAAGGGAAGCCUUAGCAUGACUUGCAUGAAGUUAAACAGAAAACUCAGCUAAACCAAACCCACCAGCCUCUGCUGUGACUGUAUGAUCACCUAACCACCACCAACAAUGGAGAGAAAAGCAAGAGUCCUUUAUUUUCUUUCAGCACUCUUUGACACACGGUGUCGGAGUCAAACUGUAACGGGCACUCGGUAGAAACCUGUACAUUUCCGGGAGUGGGGGCGGGGGGGGGGUGGAGGUCAGGGAACAAGGAUGGGGCCGGGGAGUGGAUUGCUUUUUGUACCCAAGACCUAGAGGAAAGGUUCCAAAAUGGCAGUCAGUCAUCGGUCACAUUGACCUCACCUUCAUAGCCCACCUCUCACGUGGAAAACCAAGAACUUUGCUCGGAAUGGGAUUGUGGGAAUUCACACUGCCACCAUCUUCCACCUCUAUCUGGCAUGCUUAUGACCCAGCGGACCUCUCCCCAAGACCCCGACAGCGCCUAGUUUAGGUUGAUUCUCUCAUCUUGGUGUGUAGAUCCAGUGUGACCAAGUUUCAUAACAAAUUGUUCAUAGUUACACCAUAUGGAUUUUCCAAUGUCAUUUUAAAGCCAGGAUGUAGAGUACCUCCAGUUCAGGACCACCAGAGGGGUGCCUCCCCUCCACCUUUAUCAAGGCGAGAACUGGCACUGUAUGCAAUUUAGUACUUCAGAGUUAAAAACAAAAAUAAAGAAAAAAAAACUGCAUGCCCAAUGUUAUGCAAAGAGAUUCGAGCAUGAAAUAAAUUUUGUAACAUGGUUUCUGUCUAGUCGAAAGCAGAUUUGUUUUUUUUUUUUUCUGAAGCGAUUGGAGGUUUGCAGAGACAUGCUUCUGCAUCUCGAAUAAAUAUAGUAUUUUCCCAACAGAAACAGAGGACAGUAGCUUGGCUUUGGUCUGAUUCUAAAAUUAGUGUGUGUGUGGGGAAAGAUGAUAUUUUUGAAAAACACAUGCUUGAGUUGAAAAAAAAAUGCAACAUCUCAAGCUUUCAGUGCGACAUUUCCUGGAAAGACAGCAACCUCCCCUCCCCGGGCCCUGGCCCUGGAAAUAAAGAGCUGCCUUUUGAUCUGAA